AUAAUAGCUGGUCAGUUGCUGACAGAUAUUGCGCGUCUGUUACGAACUACUGUCUUGUGCACUUUGUGUGCACUGUGCAGCUUGUGCCAAGCUUGUGCAUUGUAAAAUGCAGCAAUAGAAAAAAAAACAUAGGCGAGGAGCUGGGGUAAUCUGUUUUCAUCGUAUUUCAUCUAUUAAAGAUCCAUUGGCCGACAUGCUGCUGCGGCCACUGCUACACGUGCGCUGUUGCGCGCCGGCUGCGAGGCUGGCCACUGGUCUCCGCUGCGCCUCCUCUUCAGUAGCCUCCACGGAGCUGAGCGUCGACUACCUGCUCGGCGAGCGGGCCGGCAUCGUGGCCAUCUCUAUGAACCGACCCGCCGCCAAGAACGCCAUCAGCCGCGGCCUUCUGGCCGCCAUGACAGAGGCUGUGAGCAGUGUGCGCUUUGACCGCACAGUGCGAGCCGUCAUCAUCCGCAGCCUGGUACCGGGAGCCUUCUGCGCAGGGGCGGACCUCAAAGAGCGCGCCAAAAUGCGGCCGGAAGAGGUGGCGCCGUUUGUUUCCCGCGCGCGCGCUCUGAUGUCGGAGCUGGAGAAUCUGCCGAUGCCGGUGAUCGCUGCACUGGACGGCGCUGCUCUUGGGGGAGGUCUCGAGAUGGCGCUCGCGUGUGACCUCCGCGUGGCGUCAAGCUCGGCGAAGCUCGGCCUCGUGGAGACCAAGCUGGCAAUCAUCCCUGGCGCGGGUGGCACCCAGCGCCUUCCUCGACUAGUUGGUCCAGCGCGCGCCAAGGAACUCAUGUUCACGGCUGCUGUUUUGGAUGGAAAUCAAGCUGCGCGGAUUGGUCUGGUCGAUCACGCUGUACCACAAACAGACGCCGGUGACGCUGCGUAUCAGAAAGCCGUUCAGAUCGCCGAGAGGAUCCUCCCCAACGGGCCUGUUGGUGUGCGAAUGGUGAAAAAGGCGGUGAAUCUGGGGAUGCAGAUGGAUUUGGCAUCGGGACUGGCUGUCGAAGAGGCGUGUUACGCGCAGGUUAUACCUACCAAGGAUCGUAUCGAGGGCCUCACUGCGUUCAAGGAGAAGCGCGUGCCAAAUUACACAGGCGAAUAAGGAGUUACAGGGUUGUUUUGACUUUUGCACUUUGAAAAGAAGCAGUCUGUCAAGCUGAGAGCUGAGAUCUGGUAAGUGCGAGGUUGGGAGAGGGGCGUACUUUGAGCUUGCUAACUGGUGUGUGGUGCAGUGUGAGAUUUGUCACGUGACUUAGCGAUGCAGUAUGUGACUUGUCAUGUGACGUAGCGGGUGCAGUGUGUGACCUAGCACGUGACGUAAUCGGCAGCCCGUGUUCAGGUUGUGAGCGGUCCGGCGAGAAGUGAGCUUUGUUUUGAAGAGAGAUUGGGUUUGAAGCUGGCGAUCGCUAACUCUAGGAACAGCGCUGAGCGCAUAUUUGUAUUCGCAUUACCAUAUUGCCUGAUUAUGGCCUAUUUUGUGAUAGAUAAAGUAACUAUUUACAGAUGAAGUCACGGUUCAAAAUAAAAUGUGUGUAACUUUAC